AUGGAGGUCAUACUCAAGGGUCUUCCACCAAGUUUUUCCAAUGAAGACUUGGGCCGAGAACUUGACCCUUUUAUGAAGGCUUUGUUCAUAAGGCAAUGGUCGAGCGACAAGCCUCAGAGAAAGCCGCACGCCUGGGUCUACUUUGAUGACCCUGCUGAUGGCAAAAAGUUCAUCGGAAAACAUGGCAAACUCACCGACGUCUCUCAGGGAAAGUCUCGGAGGCCCGACAUAGCGAGAAUGCACAUUACCAAGGUGCCGGUCUUCAUCGAGAGAAGCAGUCGCGCUCCACGCCAAUUUAUCAAGCUCAAACCUACCGCCAAGAAUGAACAACCGAACAGGGGCCAAGCACCCAAGCGGAACCCAGCCAACCUCUCCUCCGGUUCCCAGUUCUUGGUUCAGGCCAUAGACUGCGGGCACAACUUCUUUCACCACGAGACCAAGACGUUGACCUUUGCUCGCCAGACUGGCUUCCGCGUGCCCGGGUCGGACUCCUCGAUGCUUUGUGAGCUCACCCAACAGUCAAUGACCAUAAACCGCGAGGACUGGUGCCGCAUAGAGAUACAGUGUCACACUAUCCACGACUUCAUUGCCAAUGAAAAUGACUGUACCUUGACUCUGGUCUUGGCGGAACCGCCGCGCUUCUACGAAGCCUUGAGUCACUCAGUCAUGAAAAAUCAGCUACGCACCAAAUGGCAGCGUUGUUCAUCUUGUCCCAAAUGGAAUGGUCACUCCUCCUAUGUUGGCAGGUGCCUCGUCUAUCGACUGUGGCUCUUAGAACCCCAUUUCAGAUCUGCGCUGCAUACCAUCACGGCCAAGGACCUCAUCUCUGUCACUAACGAUAACCUCGCCGUUGACAUGACGCCCGAGCCCUUUAUCCACGACUACGCAUCGGGCAUGAGUCGAUUCGAAACGAGGAUCAACCAAAUCAAGCCUGUAAAGGAGAGGCUGCCAUUCAUUUUGCUUUUCCAGGUCCAGGCCCUCGUAUGGAACAAUUACAUCCACCCAGCAACCGGGUUUCGCAUGCUGGAGCGCAUGGAGGACGAGGCACGCGCUGCGAAUGAAAAUAGAACACCCUUCCCUUACACAAUGGAGGCCAUGAAGAAGCUCUAUCAAGAGAUUCCUUAUGCGUGCCCUGGUCGAGAUCCCGCCGAGGUGGACGCCGACGAGCUUCUCAACAGAGUCGCCGACAUCACACGAGACAUGCGCCAGGAUGAUUCGCUGCUCCGCAUGAAAUAUGAGGGAGACCUCAUACCCGAUCACCAGGCCUGGGUCAUGAAGGCCAUGGUCACGCCAACCAGGGUCAUCCUGCAUGGUCCAGACGCUGAAAGCAAGAACCGCAUCCUCCGGAAAUUCUCAAACCAUACAGACUACUUCAUCCGCUGUCUCUUCUGCGACGACGACGGCCAGGAUCUGUCCUUCAAUCCCAACGUAUCAAACGACGCGAUAUUCUCCCGGUACAGAGGUGUCCUUCAAGACGGUCUGCAGAUUGCCGGCAGGCACUUCUCCUUCCUGGGGUUCUCUCACUCGUCACUUCGCUCCCAUUCUGUAUGGCUCAUGGCUCCAUUUGUGGACUCAAGAUUCCAAAGGCAGGACUACCAGACCAUCAUCAAAUCCCUCGGAACCUUUAGCAAUAUCAGAGUCCCCGCCAAGUGCGCCGCCCGGAUUGGGCAGGCUUUCAGCGAGACCCCAUACGCCGUUCCCAUAUUCGAGACCAACAUCCAAAAUCGAAGCAUUCCCGAUGUCAAGAAUGCCGAUGGUAGCCGUAUAUUCAGUGACGGCGUGGGGACGAUCUCAUUGGAAGCGGCUCGGGAGUUCUGGGCUCGCUUGCCAAAGAGCGCUCGAGCCGCGACAUGCUUCCAGAUCCGCUGGGCCGGUUCCAAGGGGAUGCUCUCUCUCGACACGAGGCUGAGGGGGAAGCUCAUUUGUAUACGCAAUGAGUCAAUGCGAAAGUUCCCGAGUGACGAUGCCGGGGACCUGGGCAUCUGUGACACGGCCUCGAAGCCUCUCCACCUCAUGCUUAAUCGCCAGAUGAUUAAGAUACUCGAGGACAUGGGGACGCCAGACCAAUGGUUCGUGGACAUGCAGAACCGUGAACUACGCAUCAUCAGAGCCGUUACAGCCACGGCAUCUAAUACCAGCACAUUCCUCCGCUACCAGCUCAUUGGGUCCAGCAUGGCCUUCCCCCAAUUCAUCAAGCGGCUUGAUAGGAUCGGGGCUGACUACCGUACAGACACGUUUCUCAAGACGGUGGUCGAGCACGUUGUCUUGCGCGAACUCCGCCUCCUCAAGCACAAGGCCAGGAUACCUGUGGAAAAGGGCAUCACCCUGUUUGGCAUCAUGGACGAGACGGGCUUUCUCAGAGAGCACGAAGUCUACGUCACUUUUGACAAGACGACGGCGCGUAUCGGCAAGCUACCUUCUUACGGCAGAGCCAUCAUCACAAGGUCACCAGCUCUACAUCCGGGAGAUAUUCGUCUGGUCAACCUGGUCACUCCGCCGGUGGGGAGCCCGCUACGAGAUCUGAGGAACUGCGUUGUCUUCAGCCAGCAUGGGAACCGAGACCUCCCUAGCCAGCUUAGUGGAGGGGACCUCGAUGGCGACCUGUACAAUAUCAUUUGGGAUCAAGAGGCCAUGCCGAGGCAGGUAUUUGCCCCGGCUGACUACCCUCGUGUCGACCCCAAGCCGUUGGACCGGGACGUCACUCGCGACGACAUUGCCGACUUCUUCAUCAACUUUAUGAAGACGGACAUACUCGGCGUCAUUGCUACGCGCCACCAAAUUAUGGCGGACAUCAAAGAUGAAGGGACAGCAGACCCGGAUUGCCUUGCCUUGGCCGAGAUGCACUCGACGGCAGUGGACUCGUCUAAGACGGGCAUACCUGUAGAAGCCCGUGCGCUUCCCAAGCCGCCGCGGACGCGUCCCGAUUUCCUCGCCCCCGUGCCGCCUCUCCAAACGUACGACAUCGGGCAGAUCUCCCACAUUGGCGAUGACUGGGAGGACGACAACGGUCGGACCAAGGGCAUGGGUAUGUACAAGCAUCGGUUCCACAAGUCGACGAAGAUACUCGGAAAAUUAUACCGCAGUGUUGAUGAGAAGAGGAUCUGGAGGGAGAACAUCUCGGCAGCCGCCCUAGCCAGCUCUCCUAGUGACAAGUCGGUGUGGGAUAAGGUGCUUGCACACACGCAUAUGCAAAUUUCCUUGAAUGGCUACAACAUUGAGUAUCGCGACAUGGAAGAGCAGGCCAUUCGAAUUCGCAACUUAUACGAAUAUGCGUUGCACGACCUGAUGUGGCAAUUCUCCGACAACCCACGCGUGCCCAUCACCGAAGUGGAAGUCUUCUGCGGAUGCAUUCUCAACAAGCGCGGUAGCCAGACGCGCCGGCAGCGCGACUCAUCAAUCAAGCUGCAAGAGGAGGCCGACAAGACGAUGGAGUGGGUCGUCAGGAUGAUGUGUGACCGCGAUAAGAUGACGACGCAGGAGUCGGUGGUGGCGCUGUGCCUUGCAUGCGUGUACGCUUCGGGGGCGCAGGGCACCGCGACGGGCGGCAACGCGGUGCACGGGACGGACAAGCUGCAGAGCUUCAAGGCUGUGGCUGCCUCAUGUCUUCUGAAAGAGUUGUAUGUGCUGGAGAAGAUGACGAUGGACCAUUUGGAUCCUCUCCUCAUGGCCAUGGGCGCCAUGACCAUGGGCACGAACUAG